AAGGUAUCACACUGCAAAACAGAAACAAAUAUUACACUGAAUGAAUCAUUAUAUAGAACAGUAAACACAAAUAAUGUUGAUCAAGAAUUUCAAUAAGUACUGAGAAUCAAUGUUCAACAUAAUUUCUCCGUACAUUGUCGUUUAUAUUUGCUGGUCGGGUUGGCCUGAAGCGCAGGAAAUAGUUACUCGAUCUCGCAGUCCAAUCAAUAUUAAUCGCUUCCUGUUAUCGUCAUCAAAAGGUAAUAACUUCUCCAUACAUAUAUCAGGUAAGAUAUACGUAGUACAAGUGUAUGAAAUGACAUGAAUUACAUAAAACGUUUGUAACAAAAUAUCCGUCAAUAUAAGUAAUAUGCACCACAGCAUCAAUUCAGCAUCUCUAUCCAAACCAAUUUCAUGUGAUUCUGUGGUGUUUGAAUGAACUAAUGACUCCUUUGUACUUGUUGAAUGUUUGAUUUCGAAUUCAAAAUACAGUACAUUCGUUAGUGCUAGUGUAGUACUUCUUGAUUCAAUUGCGUUAUCCCUGGGAUUAUUAGUUCAUACUAUAAUUCAAUUACUUCUUAUUAUCAUAGAUUCCCAAUUUCAUUUCUUAUUAAUCCACUUGUGAUAGUAUAGGUUGUUAAUAUUAGAAUAUUUUUAGUUUGGCAAAUCAUGUUCAAGAUGAAAUCGUUAAAGUGUAAAUGUAACUGCUCUUUAAUAUUCUAGGUCAAGUGCACACAUAACAACAAUGAGAAGAUGUGCAAGUCUGAAUUCAGACUACCACUCAUUUCAGGUCAACUAACAAAUCACCAUCAUUCACUCUCCAAAUUUUCUUCACUCAUACACUCCAUUGACCACUCACUCAAUCAUCCACUCAACAUUGACACACAUGCUGCAAUCUCACUCUCACUUUGACCUCCACUGAAUCACAAGUACUAACACGAGACGAUUGUAUGUCCACACACUCCAUCUCACACACAGUAUAAAAACAAUGUGUCCACAUCCAUUCACUAUGCUCCUCUUCUUAUCACAUUCGAACACACUUCCAGUGUUUCGCUAGUGUUGUCAGUUCAUUGAGAAUGGUGAGUGUUCAAUAUACCGUGUUGUUUAUCAUGUAUUUGUUGAUUCGUGUGUUCAGAUCCGUUCGUUAGUGUUGUUGUCAAUAUUGAUGAUUGUGUCAGUUGAUAAUUCAGUGAGUGGUGAGAUUGUGUUAUCGAAAGACGAUGUAGUUCCAUUCCUAGUUGGUGCGGGUGAGUUAUUCAUCAUGAUUCAUGUUUUGUUACACUGAAUGCACUGCUUUCAUAAUCCACACAUUGUAAUAAUUUUUUAUGUUUUGAUUUGUCAAUGAUUUUGAUGUGUUUACUAUACUUGGUGUGCGUUUUGAUCAUGAUUGUUUGUGUUUUUGUAGGACUGGCUAACGAAGCUGCUGCCAGAUCUCGACCAAUGGAGAAGAGAGGCGAAAUCGAUAAUACGAAAAGCAAAAUUCUUGACAAUUAUAAGAAAAACGGCGUUCGUCUCAAUGAUAUAUUAAACUUCGCAAAAGCUUUUAUUCCUUAAUCGCGUUUCAAAUAAAUCUUCUUUUUAACUUGUA